GCGGCGGCGACCAUAGCGCCAAGGGCGGCAAGGCCAAGGGCUACGGCAAAGAGCACAAGGGCAAGCCCGCGAACGACUCUCACCGCUGGCAGGGGCAUUACUCGUCCGGGAGUGCCGCCAGCGGGGCGCAGGCGCCGUCAGCCGCGGAGCCAGUGAGGGUCCAGUCAGGUGCAGUUCUCCCCAACACAUCCUGCGCUGAUCUGAGUUGCUUCCAGUCGGCAUUCGACGCUGCCAGCGCGCAAGCUCUGCUCGGCGAAUUAGCGCCCGAUGAGGUCGAGGAGCUGCGUUUCACGCGUGAGGCGCUCGGCCGCCGCGACGCGCAGCCGAAGCGCACGGACGUGCAGUGCGAGUGCAUGGAAGCGUUGCGGUGGAGCGCCGCGCGUAGCCUGCGCCAGUGCAUCAAAGAACGCGAGGAGCGCGUUCGGCGCAUCGAAGCCCGGGCGGCGCACUUCGAGGCGUCCGGGAAGGCCGAGGCCGCGAGAAAGGCUGCGCCCCUGGAAUUCAGGCCGCUUAUCGCAGGCGUCAACAUUCCACUUUUAAAGGAAUUGGCGCGUGAGUCUGAGUGGCACGACGCAGAGUGCAUCGACUUCUUCUCGCGAGGCGCCCCUCUGUUGGGUAACCUAGAAUACAGCGGCAACGGUCGCGCGCUCAGCCCGGAAGAGCGCGCGGGCGACGCUAGCGCUGAGGUAGCCCGUUUGCGUGCCAGCGCGCUCGCGUGCAACGACUUGAUACUUGCGUCAAUUCGCGAGGAUCCCCUCGCCAGCGAGCUGCUCCGUAAGACGCGGGAGGAGGCGGACUUGGGUAGGAUGUCUCCGCCGCGGGCUUUUAGGCCCCACGUCUCCGCGGCCGAGCUUGCCGCUGCUUGGGGCGAAACAAGUCGUCUGGUGCCCAGGUUUGGGGUCUCACAACCGAAGCCCGACGGGUCGCUGAAAGUGCGCCCGGUGGAUGACUUCGCGCGCUCCAGGGUGAACGGCGCGUGCGCUCCCGCCGAGAGAUUAAGCGUAAAGGGCGCGGACCAGCUGGUAGCGGUCGCGCGCGCCUUCUUCGAGUUGCACGGCGCGCUUCCCGUGCUGUGGAAAGCGGACAUAGAUUCGGCUUGCCGCCGCAUCCCGUUGGCCCCCGCCGAUAGGUGGGCCGGUGUCAGUGUUUUCAAGGAGGGCGGCCGCCUGUGGUUCUCGCAGCACCUGGUCUGCCCGUUCGGCGCGCUAGCAUCUUGCCACGACUGGGACCGCGUGGCCGCCAUGCUCUCGCACUUCGCAAGGCGGCUCGCCAAGCUGCCAGUUUCGCGAUACGUAGACGAUUCUUUUGCGCCGGAUCGCCCCGGCGCGGCCGACCGAGCCACGCGGUGCUUCGCUCGCAUCGUCAGAGCCGCGCUCGGCAGCGACGCAGUAGCCGACGCGAAGCUGGCGCACGGGGCCCAGCUGGUCGUGUCGGGGCUGCUCUUCUCUUUCUGUGCGCAGGGCGUGCACUGCGAGCCAGCGUGCGACAAGCGGCUCAAGUGGUCGUCCGCCAUCUGGCAUGCUUUAGAGUGCGGCACGUUGUACCAUGGCGCUGCGAAGAAACUCGCGGGCGCUCUCGCAUGGGCCGCGCAGCACUUGUUUAAGCGCUUGGGCAGAGCAAUGCUCCGCCCACUCUUCGCGCACCAGCACAAGCGCUCCACUCGUAUCGGGCGGCCUCUCGAGCUCGUGCUGCACUCGUGGGCCCAAGUGCUCGAGCUCAGGCUGCGCGAAGUGGCCAGCUGGAAGCAAGGGGACAUGCCCGCGGCACACAUGUUCUGCGAUGCGCGGAGCACGCCCCCUCGCGCCGCCGCCGUGCUUAUUAUAGACGGCGAAAUCCUGUUUGCCGAGUACGCUCCCGACGCAGCUCUGAUGCGGAAUUUCAAGCGCCGACGCGACGGCCAGGCGGUCGCAUUAGGCUUGUCGUCUUUUGUAGAGCGACUGGCAGGUCGGGCGCUGGAAGUGUUCUCGGACAAUUCGGGGGCCGAGAGGUCAGUGGCGCGCGACGCGCUUGCGCCGUCCCGUGUGCUGAAACAACCGGCGCUCGCGCGCGGCGGCCCGGGCGCGCUCGCGCUGGGUGCCGCGUGCGACAGCGCGGCGAAGCGAGAGCUGGCACGCGCUUACAGGGCGGUGCGCAGCGUGCAAUUGUCACCCGUGCCCACGGGCGGCCCUCGCAAGUCCAUCGCGAGCGGCGCUCGCGGGCCCCCGUCGCCAGUGGCCAUACAGGAAAGCCUGGCCCGCGCACGAGCUUUGGCAAUCGUCGGCUCGGCGCCGCGUUCCUUCGGGUCCUGGAGGGCUGCGGUCCGGGCGUGGGUGGCAUUCGCGCAGCGUCGCCUCAACAAAGACGGCUGCAGCGCACUGCCGCCGUCGGCCGACGAGGUGUGCUCGGUCGCGCUCGAAUUUCGCAACCCGCGCACCUUCGGCAAUUACGUGGCACAGCUUAAGAGGGCAUGCCAGUUGUUGGGCCGGGACGCGUCGGCCUUUUCGCAUCCUUCGGUUAGGGGCGCCCGCAAGGCCAUUGGGAAGCGGCGCCCCGUGAGGCGGCCGCUGAAGUGUUUCGUCUUGCUCUCGCACUUAUCGGCUAUGCUCGACUUUGUAAGUGCCGACAGUGCGAUGUGCGCGCUCUUCUUGGUGUCCUGGGGGUUCGCUCUUCGCGUGCCCUCCGAGGCCCUCUUGAUUGAGCGAGGCGACCCAUCGGCAUUUAAAGACUUCGCCUUCUCUGACGAAGACCUGCGAAG